AUGGGAUACACUGAAAUACUAUGUCAAGGACUUCAAAAGAAAACACAAGACAUAGUCAAUGUCGUGGCUUUAGUUUCGAACACUAAGCUUUUACUUCAUAAAUUAAGAUCAGAUGAAGAUGGUUAUCGACUUUUUAUCGAAACAGUGUGCCUAUUUUUCAUUGAACAUGGUAUCGACAUCCCUGAUAUGACUGCACCUUAUAUGCAAGGUACGGGUCGUUCCUGCCAGCAGCGUGAUAACAUUACUGUAGAUCAUCAUUAUCACCAUGAUAUUUUUAAUGAUGCAAUUGAUCUUCAGAUCGCGGACUUAGUUGGAAGGUUUCCUGAGGAUACAGUGGAGUUACUUGUUCUUUGUUCAUGUUUGGAUCCUCGAGAAUCUUUCAAAGCAUUCCAUGCAGAAAAUCUUUGUACUCUAGCUGAAAAGUUUUAUCCUCUCGAUUUCAGUCGACAAGAGGUACAUACUUUGAGAAAUGAAUUAUACCACUAUGGGCAAGAUGUAGUCAAGCAUGCUGAUUUUAAGAACUUAUCAACUGUUGCUGAAUUAUGUAGACGUCUAGUGGAAACAAGAAAGGCAGAUGUUUAUCCUUUAGUUGAUAGGAUGAUUCGUCUUAUAUUAACUCUUCCUGUUUCUACAGCAAGUGCGGAACGGUAUUUUUCAACAAUGUCAAAUGUUAAAUCAGCUCUCCGCAACAAAAUGGAUGCAAACUUUCUUAGAGAUUGCAUGAUGAUAAACAUUGAAAGUAUCCUUGCACGAAAAAUCAGUAUUGAUCGGAUAAUUGAUUUGUUUAUUGCUCGAAAAGAUCAAAAAGUAAAACUAAAGGAAUGGAUGAUGAUCUAA